AAACGAGCAGCACCACCAUUCACUGCGCACUCGCCUUACCAGAGCUGGGUCUAAACCUAUAAGUAUUCUAACUUGUGAACUGUCGGGCUCUCUGAAGAUUGUUAACCAAACGUAGAAAAUAAAAAGUGUUGACACCGGAAAAUCUCCCCAACGGAUUACUGAAAAAGACAUGGCUGUUUCGGCUCUCAACAUGACUCCCUACUUUGCUGGAUAUCCCUUCCAAGGACAAGGUCGCGUCAACCAACUUGGUGGCGUCUUCAUCAACGGGCGCCCGUUGCCCAAUCACAUCCGUCGCCAAAUCGUUGAGAUGGCUGCCGCUGGGGUUCGUCCCUGCGUCAUCUCCCGCCAGUUGCGCGUCUCGCACGGCUGCGUCUCGAAGAUUCUCAACCGCUUCCAGGAAACUGGCUCCAUUCGACCGGGAGUGAUCGGCGGCAGCAAGCCCCGCGUGGCCACGCCCGACAUCGAGUCCAGGAUCGAGGAACUCAAGCAGUCGCAGCCCGGCAUCUUCAGCUGGGAGAUCCGCGCCAAGCUGAUCGAAGCCGGGGUCUGUGACAAGCAGAAUGCCCCAUCUGUAAGCUCUAUUUCGCGCCUGCUGCGUGGAUCCUCCGGAUCGGGAACCUCCCACAGCAUCGAUGGCAUCCUCGGCGGAGGAUCUGGAUCGGCCGGUAGUGAAGAUGAGAGCGAGGACGACGCCGAGCCCAGUGUGCAGCUGAAGAGGAAGCAGAGACGCUCCCGCACCACCUUCUCCAACGACCAGAUCGACGCCCUGGAGCGCAUUUUCGCCCGUACCCAGUACCCCGACGUUUACACCCGCGAAGAACUGGCCCAGAGCACCGGACUGACCGAGGCCCGCGUCCAGGUCUGGUUCUCCAACCGCCGUGCUCGUCUGCGCAAGCAGCUGAACACUCAGCAAGUGCCCAGCUUCGCCCCCACAGCUGCCUCCUACGGUGCCCCUGCCACCACCAGUUCUGCCCCUGCUCCAAACAUGGGAAUGGGACUGUACGGUUCCCAGACCUGGCCAGCAUCGGGAACGGCCUACGAGAACCACGCCGGCUAUGGAGGCUCGUUGGCCUCCAUGUCCCCGGCCAGCAGCACAUCUGGCAGCAGCUCCGCCGCCCACAGUCCCGUGCAGACGCAAGCCCAGCAGCCAGCCGCCGGACACGAGUUCAUGAACUCCACCUACGGUGUGGGAUCGGGCAGUGCAGCCUACCCGUCCACCGGAUCGGCAGCCUACACCAUGCCCCCGGCUGCUGCCACUUCGGCGGAGCAGCUCCGGUCCCAGUUUGCAUCCGCUGCCGCCUCGGGCUCCCACCACCCCUCUACGUGGGACAGCUACAACUUUGCCGGAUCCUUCUUCCCCCCCACCGCUGCCGCAGCCAACCACGUUGGCGCCUACCAUCAUCAGGUCGACCAGAAGAGCACAAUGAUGCCCACUGCUCCAUCCUAUCCCUACUUCGGAUUCUAAGCCGAUGGGAAGUUAACUUUUUAAGCGUUUCGUACUUUAAUGUUAGCAAUAAGUCGAUAUCUUAAGACCUUAAGACUGUUUAAAAUUAUUUUAAAUCAUAUUUUGGGACUUGUGUUCUUAAUAGAUGUAAGAUGA